AACCUGCAUUCUUAAAGAAUAGGGUAAAGAAACUCUUUUUUCAUAGUGAUUCUAAUCCAGUUUUGAAAAAAGAAAAAGAGAAAAAAAAAAACAAUUAGAAUCUUCAAAACUGAAUUAGAAUCAUUAAAAAAAAAAAACCUGGAACAUUCUAGUAGAAGAAAAUGCUAGAGAAAGGUGACGUGUCGCAUUCUAAUUCAGUUUUAAAAUUUAGCUUAUCGCAGGCGACAUCACGCGGUUAUUCUGGUGCCUUCUCUUCUAGUACUUCCGAUUCAUCUUCUCGGACGUUCUAAAUUUUUGCUUUCAUCAGGGAACAACGCAUAUAAGAUGCAGAGGGGAAAAGAUGGUAGAAAUGACCCAUUGGGCGAGCAAUUUGGGGCUUUACCAGGGUUUGGUGGCUUUGGAUUCCAAAGAACUAUGAUGCCUGGUCUAUUUGGAGGAAGGGAUCCUUUUGAUGACCCAUUUUUCACUCGUCCAUUUGGUGACAUGUUUGAUGGGAGAGAUUUUGUUUCUCGUGAUGCAGCUCGGACUAACAGCGCUAAUGGAAUUGUAAUACAAGAACUGGAUUCUGAUGAUGAUGAGGAAGGAAAAGAAGAAAAAGGCACCUCUGCCCAGUCUAUGCCAAGCAAAGAACCAUCUGUUGAGCAUCCAGAUGACAAUCCUAAUGUUUAUCCAGAGGAGGAAAAGAUUCAGAAUUUGAAUGUUAGGAAUGAAGGAACCAAAUCAGAGGCUCGCACUUUUGGUUUUCAGACCUGCAAAGUUACGUAUGGUGGUGUAGAUGGAGCUUAUUACACUUCUUCAAGAACCCGAAGGACAGGAAAUGAUGGCGUGGUGCUUGAGGAGAGCAAAGAAGCAGAUAAGACAACAGGUCAAGCAAAACAUAGGAUUACUAGAGGGAUAAAUGAUAAGGGCCAUUCAGUUACAAGAAAACUUAAUGCAGAUGGUAAGGUGGACACAAUGCAAAUGUUACACAAUUUGAAUGAAGAUGAGCUUGCCAGUUUUGAUAAGGCUUGGAAUGGUAAUGUGAAAGGGAAUUUGCCUGGUUGGAAUGAUGGAUUCCGUAUGCAUGGAAAUGCUGGAUCUAGCAGUGAUGAACAGAAAGGGAGGGCACUGUGGGAAGGACGGACACUACCAUCUAAGGAACAUAUCCAGAAUGCUGGGGGAAGAGCAGAUGUUGAAGCUGGGACAAAUUCUUAUGGGGGUAGGACCAAGAAGGUUAAUAGAAUUAACAUAGAAUGAAUAUGAAUACAUGUUGAGCUUCGUGUUUGCAGUUUCACCUAUUAAUUAGUCCUGUUGUAGCAAUGGUACCUCUCCCUAUCCAGUAUUUGUCAUAAUUUAUGUAACCAUAGGACCACAUCAUAGACCUUGCAAGGGUGAGAGGAAUGAACAUGGCUUGGUGGUUUGGUUAUUUUGCUCUCUUUGAAGUUUGAAAGAUAAUACAUGAUCUGUGUGUUA